AUGCUCAACCCUUGGCUCAAGCCCCGUUUUCGUUGGGCUGUCAUAACUUCAUUCAUUGUUAUCAAUUUAUAUGUUUACUGUAAAGGAUACAAACCUCUGCAACCAAAUGAAUUUGAUGGGGCAAAGUAUAUUUUUAAUCGAGGUGACUCGUUUGGAGGAGAGGAUAGCGACAGUAAAGUUGUGCCAGAAAAACAUAGACCGACGCUUUUCGAUAAGGCUUUUGCCUACAGAUGUUCAAGUGAGAUUUCAAUGCUCAAUGCCACAUUAGACAGAUCAUUUUCACCCAAGCAAGAACGAAAUGUGCUUAUGGAGGUUUUCAAUCAAACAGCUGGUCAUAAUUGGAGGAACAACACUCAUUGGGGAAAUGACUCUGUACCACACUGUUCUUGGCAUGGAAUAGAAUGCCAUAACACCAAUAGCUCUGUCAUAGGUAUUACUUUGAUAAACAACAACUUGGUUGGAACCCUUCCGAGAAGCCUAUGGAAGCUUCGCAAUUUACAGAUUUUGUGCAUUGGCACUAAUCCUAACUUAUCAGGUAGUCUCGAUGAAAUUUUGUCUUCCAACAUGACUACUUUACACACUCUUUACCUUGCCUUUAACAAGUUAUCUGGUGGGAUUCCUGGUGAAACUUUAGCAAAGAUGAAGUCACUGAAAAUAAUCCAGCUUUGCUGUCAGUUGAGAAAGGGUUUUUAUGGUGAAAUUCCAAAAGACAUUGGAAACUUAACGCAAUUGCAAGUUCUCGGUUUCGGAGGAAGCAGAUUGAAAGGUUCAAUACCGAAGAGUAUUUCGAAAUUGAAAAAACUUUGGUUUUUGGAUCUUAAAAGUGCAACAUCCCUAAGUGGAGGCUUUGCAAACCUUGUCAAUCUCUCAUCUUUACAAUACUUGCACCUGUCAAUGGCUGGAUUAAAUGGAACUUUGCCUGACGAAUUUGGACUGUAUUAUCCUGCCAUGGUUGAGUGUAUCCUGUCAGGAAACCGUUUUACUGGAAGCAUUCCGGCAACUCUGGGUAAUAUGACCCACCUUCAAUAUUUAAAUUUGGCUAGAAACAGUUUUUCUGGAAAAAUACCGGAAAGUAUCGGCUCAGUUUCCUCUCCUCAUAUUAUUGACUUAAGUGGAAAUAAUCUAUCAUCGUUUGAGGACGGGAUCAAGUUUAAUGAUCUAGAGGUACUCCUCCUUGCUGGUAAUAAGAAUCUCACACACAGUUUUGAUUCCUUGCUGGAUGCAAUGGAAUCGACAAGAAAAUCUCUUCGUAUUCUUAACAUUAGUGAGUGUAAUUUUUAUGGUAUUAUUACAUCUAAAUUAUGGAAAUUUGAGAAUUUGAUUUCUGUGGAUUUAAGGAAGAACAAUCUAACAGGAACGCUUCCGUGGGCUUUUCAAAUCUUGUAUUUCCUUCACGAUCUUGAUAUAUCCACGAAUAAACUUUCCGGGCAAAUCCCUGGAAAUUAUGCAGACUUACCCUCCUUGAAAGUCCUAGACGUUUCAAAGAAUCCUUCAAUGCGUAUGAACGAAGAACAUGAAAUCCUACCAAAGUAUAUGACAGCUGAUUUUGCAUCUUUAAUCCUUUUUGACAAGUUCAAAUGUCCAAAUGCCCGUCUUAACAACAACACACGGGUGAUUUUAGACCCCAGCUAUUAUUUUUACCGUCUUUGUUUCUGCGAUAGAGGAUAUUAUGGCUUCGGGAAAACCUGUCUGCCCUGCAUGGAAGGUGGAACUUGUAAUGUUGAGAAACGUCCUUCCCAGGAUAUGACAAUCAAAAAAGGCUAUUGGCCUUCAUCACGUGAUCAGAACGUGACUCAUCUCGUUGACUGUUCACAAGCUUUAGGCACCAAUCCUCAAGUGAGUACACCCUGCAAUCCAUUAGGCACUUGUCGCUGCUGGAUUGACACAGACCAAAGUCCCUCCACCGUUUGCAACAAAUCGUGCUUCUGCCGCACAGGGAGUAAAGGUCGCUUUUGUUCACUUUGCGAACAUGGUUAUUACAAACAAGGAAUCAUUUGCUACGCUUGUCCCCAAGCGAAUACCAGUGUUUACAUUCCGGCUGCACUUGCUAUCCUGACUAUCAUUUUGAUGACUCUUGCCUUCUACCUUUACGAGAAAAAGCGCUUUUUCUCCACAGUUUUAGUUUUUACUCAAAUAAUUGUCUUAGCAUUACUAGCCAUUUUUCACAUAAUUCCUGCAUGGCUACUUGAACUCAAUGCAAUAGCCCUCUUUAUAGGUUUAGCCGAAAGAGGUAAGGCUGCGCGAGGAAUUCUGAAGAUCAGUGUGUAUUAUUUGCAAACCCUGGACGCUUUGAUCUCCUGUAACAACUUCUGGCCUCCUCAAGUUCUUAAAAUUCAGCGAUACAUCAGCUAUGUGUUUAACUUUCAUUUCUCUGGCCUGGUUUGUACGUUUCCUCACUUGUUCACUCCACUUGGUGAAUUUGCAAUUCUAAUUCUACUUCCUGUUAUUUGCAUUCUGUGCAUUUGGUUGUACUUUGCUCUUGUUUGCCUCGUUGGUGGUGUUCUUAACGUUUACAAUUUGCAAGAAAGACGACUUCGACUGCGAAAUACCUGUUUACAACUUUCCAUUGUGUCUCUCAAUUUCACAUAUUUUCCCAUUGUAAAGAAAACGGCUUCAGUCUUGGCUCCGUGCGCAAAGGACAACAAUUAUUAUUACCUGAGGGAGGCACCAUGGAUAGAGUGUGGAGGUCCUGUCCACACCAUGCUUCAGGUCCUUGGCUGGCUUUCGUUAGUUUUUUAUGUGAUCGGUGUGCCUUUUGGAGUGUUCCUUCCUCUUCUGCGACACAACAAGGUGGGCAGCAGACAUGAGCUGCCUCAGCAAGACCAAGAAAGUUUGGACAGUUGGCUCGGUUCUAUCUACUUGCCAUACAAGAAAGAUUUUCGUUCCUCAUUUGAGAUUAUCUUUCUUCUAAGGCGGAUGCUGAUCGCUUUCGCGUUGUCCCUCAUCACUCGUUCAUCGUCCUUUCAGACGAUAGCUGUUUGCUUUGUUUUGCUGGUUGCCCUUUGCUUUCAGUUGCUCUUCAAACCAUAUAUUGAUUCUUACCAAGCGUUCCCGUUGGAAAAUACAGCAGAGGCUUUGGUUCUUUUGACCCUUCAUUUCUCUUUCAUGAACGUAAGGUACGCAGCCCAGAACCCUGACUCAUCCACACCCAUCGUUUGGAUGGUUGUAGUGGUGAACGUGGUUCUUUUCUGUGGCAUAGUGAUAUCAAUUAUUGUUCUUCUUGGCCGGCGAUCGCAUGUAGUGAGAAGUUCUACCAUGGAGGUCCACUUAAGGGCGGUUGAUGAAGAUGACUCCGCACUUCCUCCACCCGAAUUCUCUUCAUCGUGUCUUCUUGAUGAUGGAACUUAUAAUGACUGA